CUCGCCCCCGCCCCCGGCGCUGCCCGCCGCUCGGGCAGGCGGUGUCUGGUGGCGCGGUCGCGGCGUGAUGACGUGAGCAGGAGCGCGCGGCGGCGGGUCCGGUUCGCUCCGCCAUGGCGAAGACCGUGGCCUAUUUCUACGACCCGGACGUGGGGAAUUUCCACUACGGAGCGGGACACCCCAUGAAGCCGCACCGCCUGGCGCUCACCCACAGCCUGGUGCUGCACUACGGGCUCUACAAGAAGAUGAUCGUUUUCAAGCCGUACCAGGCGUCCCAGCACGAUAUGUGCCGGUUCCAUUCAGAGGAUUACAUCGACUUCCUGCAGCGCGUGAGCCCCAACAACAUGCAGGGCUUCACCAAGAGCCUCAACGCCUUCAACGUGGGCGACGACUGCCCGGUGUUCCCAGGCCUCUUUGAAUUUUGCUCUCGCUAUACUGGCGCCUCCCUGCAAGGAGCAACACAGCUGAACAACAAGAUUUGCGACAUUGCGAUAAACUGGGCAGGAGGCCUGCAUCAUGCCAAAAAGUUUGAGGCAUCUGGGUUUUGUUACGUUAACGACAUCGUUAUCGGCAUCCUGGAGCUGCUCAAGUAUCACCCGCGUGUUCUGUACAUUGAUAUCGACAUCCAUCACGGAGACGGUGUGCAGGAGGCGUUCUACUUGACGGACCGUGUCAUGACAGUGUCGUUUCAUAAAUACGGGAACUAUUUCUUUCCUGGCACAGGUGACAUGUAUGAAGUUGGCGCGGAGAGUGGCCGUUAUUACUGUCUCAACGUGCCUCUCCGAGAUGGCAUCGAUGACCAAAGUUACAAACACCUCUUCCAGCCGGUCAUUAACCAGGUGGUAGAUUAUUAUCAGCCCACCUGCAUAGUGCUACAGUGUGGUGCUGAUUCUCUGGGUUGUGACCGUUUGGGUUGUUUUAACCUCAGUAUAAGAGGACACGGGGAGUGUGUGGAGUACGUCAAGAGCUUCAACAUCCCCUUACUGGUCCUGGGAGGAGGUGGUUACACAGUCCGCAAUGUGGCACGAUGCUGGACUUAUGAAACAUCGUUGCUUGUAGAGGAAGCAAUUAGUGAAGAGCUCCCAUACAGUGAGUACUUCGAAUACUUUGCUCCAGACUUCACCCUUCAUCCUGACGUCAGUACGAGGAUUGAAAAUCAGAACUCCAGGCAGUACUUGGAUCAGAUCAGGCAGACGAUAUUUGAGAACCUGAAAAUGCUGAACCAUGCUCCCAGCGUGCAGAUCCACGAUGUCCCUUCUGACUUGCUCAGCUACGAUCGCACAGAUGAGCCUGAUCCGGAGGAAAGAGGCUCCGAGGAAAACUACAGCAGACCUGAAGCUGCCAAUGAGUUUUAUGACGGUGACCACGAUAACGACAAAGAGAGUGACGUUGAGAUCUGAGGGCUCUGCCGUGGGGCUCUGGACUAUGGCGCGGCCCCGUGUGGGACGUUGGUGCUUGGUGCAGUUAACUGGGCUGUGUAGACGCCAGUUAACCCUCCCUUUGGAUCUGAUUGCACGCGGUGGCAGCAGAAGUGGCACCACCGCAGGCUUCUGCUAGCUGGAGAGGCAGAGAACAGUGAAACGUGUUCCUUAAGUUCCACCACCCAUCACGGUUCCAGCUGUUGCUGCUCUGGGAAUGGAAAUUCAAGCAGCGCUUGAAUCUGUGCCAUGGACCAUCCGGCAGCCAUGCAACUGCCUUCCCAACCCGACCUGCGCUGGUUCCGUCACCCCAUAACCCCUGUGCGGGUUCUGCCAGCGGGGUGGGAGCGGAGCGGUUGUGCUGCCAUCUCUGCCUCUCUCCAGCCGCAACACCUGAUGCGUCCUGCUCUCCUGGCCCUCCGCUCACAUACCACAUCAAUUCCUCGGAAACCUGCGCUGGGGUUCACUUCCCGACAUGCCUUUAACCAUCUGAUGCUCCGCAGCUCAAGGAAAACCACUUGAGAAGACAAGGCCAGUUGUGGGAUGGGGUCGGGAGUGUCCCAGCAGCAGCAGGGAGGGAUGUGUGCAGGGCCUGGCCUUGUUCACUCCCCCCGUGUUCAGUUUUGUGUUCACAAAGGAGCGCUGCAACACUUGCCAAGUUGGACCUAACUUCCCUGGUUUUCUUUGUCCUUUGAGAGGCUGAAAUCCCUGUGGGACAGAGGUUUGGCUACCAAGGUCAGCACAUCAUGUGUCUUGCACCUCUGCUGUAGCUUCCAGCUCUGUUUUCCAAAUUCACAUCUGGCCCUUCUGUGUGUGAGCAAGAGAUUUGGGCUGCUUGCUUGGGGUGGAAACUCUUCCCUCCUGACCAGCCCCAGCUCUGCCUGCGGGUGAGGGAAUCUGUGUCCUCCAUGUCCCAUCCUUUUGCCCUCACACAGCAGAGAUUCCUCUCGGCCAUCUCUCAAUUCCCAAAUUUUGCUGCUCCUUCUUCCGAGUUGUCACCUGGUACCUGUCGCGGUUUGGAGUUUGCGUUUGGGGAGGCGGGAAGGGGUUUAGCCUCGGACUCUCUGUACUGUUCUGGUUGUUUACUGAGGUCUUAAAACAUUAAAUGAAGAGGCAGUAUUUUUCUUACCUGA